CGAAAAUUCAAAAUUGACUACGUCAACAAAACCAUGUUGUUGGUGUUUACAGAUUUAUUUUUCUAAUAAAAACAAAACUGUGUAUUUUGCUGUGAUAAUAUUAUAUUGCUUUGAAACCCGAUUAAAUUCAUAUGAAGCCUACAGAUGAUAAUAAUGUGCAGGAUAUCCGAGAUUCUAAAGAAGAAAUAGAGUUGGAGGAAGAAAUUACUACACCGGAAUCUCAACUAAACUCAGAAAACAUGAACAGUGAUUCAAAGAAGGAUAAAAAUUAUCUUCCCAAUAGAGAAGUAAAAUAUGGGUAUAUUAAAUAUGUUAGCCUCAUGAUACUGACAGUUCAAAAUGCAGCACUUGGCUUAAGUAUGAGAUAUGCACGUACAAGAGAUGUAGAAAAUAUGUUUUCAUCACCUGCUGCUGUUCUCAUGGCAGAGGUUUUAAAACUAGGUAUUUGUGUAUGCUUAGUUAUAAAUGAGAAUGGUAACAUUGUAAAGGGUGGGAGAGUUAUGUAUCAAACUGUUAUUUUGAAUUUCAAGGAUACAUUACGUGUUUGUGUACCAUCCUUCUUAUACAUUGUACAAAACAAUUUGCUGUAUGUCUCCUCAUCAAACUUAGAUGCAGCUACUUAUCAGGUAACAUAUCAACUUAAAUUACUUACAACUGCCUUCUUCGCGGUGUUAGUGUUGAAAAGGAGGUUAAAGAGAUGGCAAUGGGGGGCUUUAGGAUUGCUAGUCAUUGGUGUUGCUUUUGUCCAACUUUCAUCAACGGAAACAUCUACCACAACUACAUCAAGCAAUUUGAAAAAACAGUCUAAACUACUUGGUUUUGGAGCGGCAUUAUCUGCUUGUUUUAUUUCUGGCUUUGCUGGAAUAUACUUUGAAAAAGUUUUGAAGGAAUCUGACAUAUCUGUAUGGAUGAGAAAUGUUCAACUUAGUUUGCUGUCACUUCCAUUUGGAACAGUGACCUAUUUAAUCAAUAAUAACUGGUCGUUCGAAAACAUUCUUAAAGGAUUUGAUGGAUUUGUUUGGUAUCUAGUAGUGUUGCAAGCUGCAGGAGGAUUAAUAGUAGCUGUUGUUGUUAAAUAUGCAGACAACAUUUUAAAAGGAUUUGCAACAUCUGUUGCCAUUAUUAUUUCAUGUGUGGCGUCCAUGUAUAUAUUUGACUUCCAUUUAACUAUACAAUUUUCUAUAGGCACUUGCUUUGUUAUUGGAUCAAUAUUUUUAUAUGGAUAUGUUCCAAAGAAAAAAGAAACUAGGACAUCAUUAAGUGUAUGAUUUUACAUCAAUUUUGUAUGUAGAAUAUUAUAGUAUUGUAAUUAAUAGUAAUAUUUGCCAUGUACUUACAUAUACAAUAUAGACAUAAGUUAAGUUUUAUAUCAUUUUAAAUGUAUUAUGUAUUUUAGUAUCUUUACAGAUUUCUUUUUAAUCACAAUUAUAUUUUUAUAAUAAAGUUUAUUAUUUUAGAUAUUUAAAAAUAUUUUUGAUUUCGGAAUGAAAAAAUGAACAUCAAUAAUUAAAUGAUGAUGAUGAAAACAGCAUCACUAAGAGUAUUGGCCUCAAGGUAAAAGUAUUAAACUUAAAAUAUCUUUAACUUAGAUUUUUAUUCAGAGAUUAUGUCAAUAAAACUAGAAACUUA